AUGGAAGUCCUCAAGUCACGGGACCCGGUUCGGGCUUCAAAUAUCGGGUCUCUCUUGCGAAAGCAACGUACAAUGUGCUUGGCAGAGGAAACGUUCGUGCAGGGUGAUACCGAAGCGCGGUUGGACGUUGGGUCCGGCACGACCUGGCCGUGUUGGUUACGCGAGUGGGCGAGAGCAGAGGCGAAGCGGCGGGUCGAAUGCGGAGAGGAAGACGUGGUGAUUUACCACAUCGAGACUCAAGGCCCGGGGGGGAAUUUGCAGUUCAGGCGGCUUGAAAGCCUUCUGUGGCGACUGGGAAUUCCGGAAUACGACAUCAACCGUGGCGCACAGGCUCUGCUUGACCACGAGUGCUUGUUCUUGUACGAGAUUCCAGAGGACGCAGUCGUUUCAUAG